GUGUUUGCUGAUCCAACAGAAGAAGACGCAGAAGAUGUCUUCCUCUUGACUUUUUAUUUUUCGCUUCGUUAAAAAAUCGUUUUUUGUCUCGUGAACGUUUUUGUUUUGGUCGUGUCGCUUGUGUGACGUCAGUCUUUGCUUUGAGGAAACACUCAGCUUCGUCCAUCAUGUCUCACAAGUACAGACCGCCUGACUCUGACCUCAGACCUGAUCCUGCUCCGUACUCUUCAGAUCGCCGUCACACAUCGCUGGACCGAGACAAUUACAGGCCUCCGCAGGCGUCUUUCUCUCCAUCCUACCCGUCCUCUUCCUCCUCCAGAGGCUCGGCUCAGUGGUCGCAGGAAGGUGCUCUCAGCAUCCUGAGCAGCUGUGGUCUGGAGCCCAGCGACCUGUCUCUGCUGGCCGAGCUGCCAGAGGACGUCCUGACCGUGGAGUCCCUGCCUCAUGUCCUCAAUCAGCUCAAAGGAAAGAGAGGGACUGUCAAACCUUUCUCCACCAACGCUCCUUCCUUCUCCUCUUCCUCCUCUCAUCCUCCCAGCUCCACACAACGAUCUGCCGUCAGCUCCUCCUCCAGAGACUGGGACCAGCUCUGCAGUCAACCAGUCCAGUACCCGCUGGGUCAGGUAACGUCCCGUCCUCUUCCAUCUGAGAAGGUUCAUGACCACUGGGGCAAUCCCACAACCAGCAGCUCGGUCAGAGCAGACCCACUGUCGUUCUCGUCUUCGUCGUCCAGCUACAUGGUGGACUUUCACCACAGACCGGGACCCUCUGAUUAUGGUAAGACAGGCAGAGCCUCUUGCUCAGUGUCCUCACGGGAUCCGCCCUCUGUCAGGUCAGCAGCACGAGACGACAGGACUUGUCCUUCCCGUCUCUCUGAGUCAGGAUCGGCUGGUUACAGGUCAGCUCCUCCCCCUGAAGAGCACCAACUUAAAGCUCAGGGGAGACGCCCCGAGUCUGAAACCUCUUCCAUCAGGAGCAGCCGGCUCGCUGGAGCCACCCCCAUGCCUACCAAGAAAGAAGCCCUGGACUUCCAUGGGACGCUGCCAGAGGUGUUCCCCUACUCGUGCUCUCUGUGUGAUAUCACUGUGCUGUCAGAGAGGGUGUGGACUAAACACAUCAACGGCACUUAUCAUGCCGACGGUCAGCUCAGCCUGCUGCAGCAGUUUCCUAAGUGGGACUGUCGAAUGGAGACGCUCAGCAGGGCUGACAACCAAUCAGAGAAGAGUAAGAAUGAAGAAAAGCCCACCCGACCGCCUCCGUCAGCCAAUGAGAGCCAAAAGUCUCAGUCGAAUAAACAGUCGAGGAAGAAGACGUCGGACAAGAGUAAAGUGGUGUGUGUGAAGUUUCCAGCUCAGUCUGUGGAUGAGACGUAUCUGAGGAAACUAACUGAACCGUUUGGAAAGAUCCUCAAGAUCCUCAUGUUUCCGUCUUUAGCGUUUGUGGAGCUGGGCUCCAUCGAUCAGGCGAAGGAUUUGGUGAAAUUCCACAUCAACUGUCCUCCAACUGUGAAUGGAGAGCAGAUGGAGUUCAGCAUCUCCAACACCUUCAGCUUCCUUCAGAGUUCUCGCGUCGUUAGCUUCACUCCAGCUCCAACAGGAGAAGACGGCCGAUCCGAUCUGAUCAGCAUCGUCAAACGCUUCGGCCAGCCGCUCUUCACUCUGUUCCUGCCGUCUAUGGUGUUUGUGGAGAUGAAAAAUGUUCCUGACGCUCAGAAGCUGGUCGAUUAUUAUUCUGCCAAAACUCUGAGGAUCAACAGUGACCUCAUCAAAGUUUCCCUCUCUGGAGAAUACAGGAGCUUGAUGCGAGUUGCUUCUGCCACGAGGUACGAGGAGGAAACGCCUUCGACCAAGACAGCGAGCAGUCGGAGCCAAGAGCAGGAGGACAAGACGGAAAGCAAGAGGAAAAGACCUAGAUCCAGAGAAAGAUCCAGAGAUAAAUCCAGAGCAAAGAGGUCCAGGUCCAGUGAUGAUUCCAACAGGGAGAGGAAAUCCAGAUCCAGAGAUCGUUCCAGGUCCAGAGACAAAUCUACAGAAAAGACAUCCAGAGACGAGUCCAACAAGGAGAAGAAGUCCAGGUCUCGAUCUAGAUCCAGAGAUAAACCCAGAGAGAAGAGAUCCAGAUCCAGAGAAAAGUCCUGCGGCAGGUCUUCUGGGGAGAAGGGAUCCAGAGAAAAGACGAUGGAACCAGAAAAAAGUGAGAAACUGGACUCUGACUCCAAACCUGAACCUGCAGAGAACAGACAGAGUGAAGAAGAAGAAGAGGAAGAGUCAUCUGCAGAGGACAGCGACAUCGAGGGGAUGGAGGUGAUCGGAGAGGAUGGAGAGAAUGUGGACGAUGAAGAGGAGGAAGAUGAGGAAGAUGACAGUCCAGCAGAGAGAAGUGACUCGAUACGAGAAGAAAAGGAAA